AUGAACUUUCUUGAAAGAUCUACUUUUAUAGACGAAUCAGGCUUUGACAUAAACGCCAGACCACCUAGUGGUUGGUCAGUUAAGAACAAGGUCAAACGAAGCAUAUUCGACGAGAAUGGCGGUUUAAUCGCCAGAAAAACGGAAGCCUACAACUCUGUUCCUCCUAAGCAUCUCAGAGCAUUUGUCUAA